AUGUGGAAGAACAUCACCUGCCACCUCUUCCAGUCCAUCUGGUGGGGCGACAAUGGGAACUGCGUUGUCAUUGCAGAGAAACUCUUCCAAAAGGAAGCGCUUGGCAGGAGGCGAGCACGAAUUCUGGAUGCGGGAAUGAGGCGGAGCAGAAACGCCGACAAAAGGGUUAUUUCUGCCGACUUCGAGCCCCUGCUCUUCUACCCGCACCCCUAUUUUCAGAGGGAUCACCCCAACCUGCUCAAGAUGGAGAUGGUGGCAGAAAGCGCUGGGGAGCGGUUGGGAGCGGUUGCUGCAGCCCCCAUGGCCCCAACGUGGAGGACACCCCCAUGA